AUGGUUCCUUUUAUGAAUUCUCUUUCUUCUUCUCCUCUUCAUAAGUCUCUUCCUUUGUUACUUUUUCGUUUCAUAAUAAUAUUAAUGGUUGUUUCAUGUAAAACAAAAGCUUUGGUGAAACUGCCACCAAAUGUUUCAGUUCCAGCAGUUUUUGUGUUUGGAGAUUCAAUUAUGGAUACUGGAAACAAUAAUAACAAUUUGAGAACUGGUGCUCGUUCCAAUUUUCCACCUUAUGGAAAAGAUUUUGAAGGAGGAAUUCCAACAGGCAGAUUUAGCAAUGGAAAAGUUCCAUCCGACCUCAUAGUUGAAGAAUUAGGCAUUAAAGAGCUUCUACCAGCCUACUUGGAUCCAAAUCUCCAACCUGAUGAUUUGCCUACUGGUGUUAACUUUGCUUCCGGUGGUGCUGGAUUUGAUCCUUUAACAUCUCAAAUCGCGUCAGCAAUAUCUUCAUCUGGUCAACUAAACUUGUUCAAAGAAUACAUAACAAAAUUAACAGUACUUGUUGGAGAAGACAGAACAAACUUCAUCUUGACAAAUAGUCUUUUUCUUGUGGCAUUGGGCAGUAAUGACAUUUCCAACACCUAUUUCUUAUCUCAUAUCAGACAAUUUCAAUAUGAUUUCUCAGACUAUGCUGAUCUUAUCGUCAAUUUGGCUUCUAAUUUUUUAAAGGAAUUAUAUGAACUAGGUGCAAGGAGAAUUGGAGUAUUCAAUGUACCACCAAUUGGGUGCUUACCAUUUCAUAGAACAGCAGCUGGAGGAAUAGAAAGAAAUAUUGUAGUGGAAUACAAUGAAGCAGUAGAAUUAUACAACAACAAAUUGUCUAAGGCUUUAGCUUCUUUUAAUCAGAACUAUCCAAAUAGCAACAUUGCUUACAUUGAUGUCUAUAACCCUAUGCUUGACAUCAUAUUAAACUCAAAAAAAUAUGGAUAUAAAGUGGAUGAUAGAGGAUGUUGUGGCACAGGCAAAAUAGAGGUUGUAUUCCUAUGCAAUCAUUUAGCUUCAACUUGUCCCAAUGAUAGGGAGUUUGUAUUUUGGGAUAGUUUUCAUCCAACUCAAAGUGUUUACAAACGCCUCAUAUCUUCUACGUUUCAAGAAUAUAUCAAAAAAUUUAAGUGGGCCUAA